ACCCGCGGCUACUUAAGGCAGAGGGGCCGCAGCCGGCAGCAGUUGCGCUACGACUGCUUUGGGAGUAGUGGACGCGGCAAAAAUUUUGACCAUGACCCCCCACAGGCUGCUGCCGCCACUGCUACUGCUAACUCUGCUGCUUGCUGCCCGCCCAGGAGGCGCCUUGGCACGGUGCCCAGGCUGCGGGCAAGGGGUGCAGGCGGGCUGUCCAGGGGACUGCGCGGAGGAGGAGGAUGCGGGGCUGCAGGCGGAGGGUUGUGCAGAAGCUGGAGGCUGUCUCAGGAGGGAGGGGCAGCAGUGCGGGGUCUACACUCCUAACUGCGCCCCCGGACUGCAGUGCCAGCCGCCGGAGGAAGAUCAAGCGCCUCUGCGGGCGCUGUUGCUGGGUCGGGGCCGCUGCCGCCGGGCCCGCUCGCGCUCUGGGGAGAAUCCUAAGGAGAGUAAACCGCAAGCGAGGACCACUCACCCACAGGACGUGAACCGCAAAGACCAACAGAGAAACCCAGGGCUCUCUACGAGUCCUGCCAGGCCCAAUCCUGGGAUUGUCCAAGACACUGAGAUGGGCCCAUGUCGCAGACAUCUGGACUCAGUGCUGCAGCAACUCCAGACUGAGGUCUACCGAGGGUCUCAUACCCUCUAUGUGCCUAAUUGUGACCAUCGGGGCUUCUACCGGAAGCGGCAGUGCCGCUCCUCCCAAGGGCAGCGCCGAGGUCCCUGCUGGUGUGUGGAUCGGAUGGGCCAGCCUCUGCCAGGGUCCCCGGACAAUGAUGGAAGUUCCCCCUGCUCCACUGGGAGCAGCAGCUAAGGCUGGGUGGGAGCCUGCAGGGUCACUGGCAGGACCAGGGGCUGUCAUCUUGGGUCAUUUGUUGAGUAAUGAGUAAUUCAGGGCCCUGAGCCCCUCU